AUGGCAACCCUUCAAUUUACACCCUUAACUCUUUUCAAACAGACAACUAAGUUUCCAUCUUCUUCUUCUUCUCAGUUCAACACAAACAAGAAAUCACCAUCACUCAGAUUCACUGUGAAGUCUUCUUAUAAAGUGGUGAUUGAGCAUGAUGGCAAGUCCACACAGCUUGAAGUUGAACCUGAUGAGACCAUACUGUCAAAGGCAUUGGAUUCUGGUUUGUCUGUCCCUCAUGAUUGUAAGCUUGGAGUUUGCAUGACUUGCCCUGCUCGUCUUAUAAGUGGCAAAGUUGAUCAGAGUGAUGGAAUGCUGAGUGAUGAUGUUGUGGAACGUGGUUAUGCACUUCUCUGUGCUUCCUACCCUCGUUCUGAUUGUCAUAUUAGGGUUAUACCAGAGGAUGAACUACUCUCAAUGCAGUUAGCUACAGCUAAUGACUAA